AUGGCCAACUCAUCCGCCUGCGCCGAUUCGGAGUUCGGUCCUGUCCAUGGCUGCAGAGGAGACUUCGACUUCUCGCUGCUUUUCGAGCAGACCAUUCUUUCCGCUGUGCCGUCUGGCCUGUUUCUGUUCUUGGCCGCCAUCCGCCUUUUAGUCCUGUUUCCGAGACGGAAGAAGAGUCAGAGAGUCGCCGUGGGCACAGGGCUCCGCUGGGCGAAGCUCAGCGCGGUCGCCUGCUAUGGCGCGAUUGAGGUCGCCCUUCUCGCUUCAUGGAUCAACACUUAUCCAGGACUCUACGGAACAAGAGCCAGCAUCGCGGCGGCCAUCCUGAAAUUGGUGGAUGUCUUUGCGCUUGGGACACUGUCCUGGCUCGAACAUUCAUACUCGCCACGCCCAUCAACGCUACUCAAUGUCUACCUGCUCGUCUCGCUGAGCUUUGAUGCCGUGCAGACCCGUACACUUUGGCUCAAGGCACACGACGAGUCAAGUAGUGUUAUACUCAUACCGGCCGAGUUCACCGCUGCUUUGGUAAUCAAAAGCGGCUUGCUGGUGUUGGAAGUGAUCGAGAAGCGAAGUCUUCUGCUGCCAGAAUGGCGACACAAAACACCCGAAGAAACGGCCGGCGUAUUCAGUCGUAGCCUUCUGAUAUGGCUUCGGGGUAUUUUGGUGAAGGGCCGGAAGACACUCCUGGCACCCACCGAUCUUGACCCGCUCAGUGAGGGAUUAGGCACAGCACAUCUGUCCUGCGCCUUUGGUGCAAUGUGGAACAAGCAAAGCAAACGACUCCCCAGACUUUCUCUUGUGCUUCUCAGAGCCCUUAGAUGGUCAAUCAUGGCGCCAGUCAUGCCGCGCCUCGCUCAAGUCGCUUUUACUCUCUGCCAACCCCUACUGCUACGCGAGUUUCUUCGGUAUCUCGCUGGCGAAGCAACCUUUGUUGGCAAUACCGGCUACGCCUUCAUCAUUACUUACGGGCUUGUCUACCUCGGCAUAGCCAUCUCAGGAUGCAUCUACUGGCGUCUAACAUACAAGUCUCUCGUGAAGUUGCGCGGGUGCAUUCUGGCGGCUGUGUACGAGAAAACGCUCGGCAUCGAUCCUGCUCGUUGCGACACGACCGCGGCUGUCCCUUUGAUCAGUACCGAUAUGGAACGUAUCAUCGCAGGCUUCAAAGAUGUCCACGAGAUAUGGGCCAACACCGUACAGGUUGCCAUCUCUGUUUGGCUGCUGUAUCGGGAGCUUGGGAUAGCCUGUGUGGCUCCGGCAGUCGUGGCGACCGUGUCAAGCCUCGGCUCAAUGCUGAUGAGUGCGUUCGCGGACAAAGCCCAGGUCUCGUGGAUGGAAGCGACGCAAGAGCGCGUCGCCAUGACCGCAAGAGCUGUCGCGGGAAUGAAGAGCAUCAAACUUCUCGGACUGUCGGAAAGUGUGUAUGAUCUGCUCCAGAAGCUCAGGAAGGCAGAGCUCCACGCUGCUAGACACUUCCGCCACAUCGAGGUGCUCACUGCCACGAUCGCCUUUCUGCCGCUGCUUCUGUCUCCUGUCUUCACGUUCCUGGUUUUUGUACUCCAGGCGCAGAGUGCUGGUGAGCAGCUGGAUACCGUCAAAGCUUUCACGUCACUCGGUUUGCUCCAGCUGAUGACGCAGCCAUUGGUGUGGCUGUUCCAGGCGAUCCCGCUCUUCGUGGCAUCACUUGGAUGUCUGAACAGAGUUGAGAAGUACCUUCAUGCCGAGCCAAGGAAAACCAACUUUUCGCCAAGCACUUCAGAGGUCCAACCUGAAGACUUGCCUCUCGCCGGACCUAGAAGCGCUGUGGUCAUUCGUGCUGGCGAGCUUGGAUGGUCAGAGACCAAGCCGGUCCUGACAGAUGUCAACAUCAACAUCCCAGCCUCUCAGUUGACCAUGAUCAUAGGACCUGUGGCAAGCGGAAAAAGCACUUUAGCCAGGGCAAUAAUCAGCGAACUGCCACAUUUCCAAGGAGACAUCCAGAUAUUCGACUCUGUCCGUGAAACCGCAAAUACGGAUAUUGCUUUCUGUGGUCAAGAACCAUUCAUCAUGUACGGGACACUCCUUGACAACAUUACGGGUUUCUCAAACUUCGAUAGCACCUGGCUGGAGUCGGUUAUCCAUGCUACAGACUUGGGAAACGACAUUGCAGCUCUCCCACAGGGCCGAGCUACAAAUGUUGGUAGCAAAGGGACCCGUUUGAGUGGCGGACAGCAGCAGAGGGUGGCGAUAGCCCGGGCACUCUAUGCACGAAAGCGAAUGGCUAUUUUCGACGAUGUCUUUUCUGGCCUUGAUGCAACGACCAAAGUCAAGGUCUUCCAACGCGCUAUAGGCCCUCAAGGCUUACUGCGUCAGAGUGGCUGCACCGUCGUUCUUUGCACACACGACGUCUCCCUUCUUCCUCGGGCAGACCACAUUAUAGUCCUAGGCCUCGACGGACAUGUGGCUGAGGCGGGAACAUACGAACAGCUACGGGAGCACUCUUCGUACAUCAAAUCACUCGCGAUCCAGGAAAAGAGCAGCAAAGAUGGCGAUGUGCUUCGCGAAGCAACCAGCGAUGGAGCCACCAGAGACGCAAACGAGGCCAACCAAUCCCUUGCAAAUGGGGACGAUGACUUGGCUGCUGCCGAGCCGGCAGAUGACUUGACGCGAAGACUUGGAGAUGCGUCUAUUUACAAAUAUCUAGCGUCCCACAUCGGCUUCUGGCGAGUCAUGGUCUUCGUAGCUCUUACCUGUGGCUGGGCUGUCUUCUCAACAAUCGGUACCGUCUGGCUCAACUUCUGGUCCUCAGCCGCAUCGGGGUCAUCUAACGGCAGCCAGGACGGCUACUAUCUAGGCGUCUACGCCGCCUUCCAGGUGCUUGCGCUAGCAUUCCUCGCCUUGUUCUCUGGCUUCUCACUUACAACCCUCGCUGUUCAAGCCGGCACUUCGCUCCACCACGUCUUACUCAAGACCAUGAUAUGGGCGCCUCAAUCCUUUUUCGGUGCCGUUGACACGGGUAUCACGACAAAUCGCUUCUCCCAAGACAUCAUUCUUGUGGAUGGAGACAUGCCGAUGUCUCUUCUGGAGACUCUUUCGGCAGGUCUUGUGGCCCUGGUCCAGAUGAUCUUGAUAGCGGUUGCCGCACCUUAUGUCGCUAUCGCCUAUCCUUUCCUGCUGGUCACAUUGCACUUCGUCCAGAGCUUCUAUCUGAGGACCUCUAGACAGCUUCGCUUCCUCGAUCUUGAGGCAAGAAGUCCGCUGCAGACAAAUCUGCUGGAGACAGUACAGGGCUUGGCCACCAUUCGCGCCCUCGGCUGGGCCGCGCAGUCCAUUGAGGCAAACCAUGAUCUGGUGGAUGCCUCUCAGAAGCCUGUGUAUCUUUUGUACAUGGUCCAGAGGUGGCUGCAGCUUGUCUUGGAACUUAUAAUCGCAAUAAUGGCGAUCCUUGUAGCUGCGAUUGCGCCACGGAUGCCUUCUACAUCGGGAGGCCUGCUGGGAGUUGCCCUAAUCCAACUCAUGUCUCUCAGUCAAGAGCUCAAGAUGAUCGUCAUCAACUACACCAACCUCGAGACGUCUCUUACUGCAAUCUCCCGUAUUAAAGCUUUUGAGAAAGACACCCCUUCCGAAAACCAUCCUGACGACAACACAGCUGUGUACCAAUCGCCGCCAACAGAAUGGCCGCAGGAGGGCUGCGUCAGCUUCGAUGCAGCAACUGUGAGCUACGGGCUUUCUGACACCGAAAAACCCAGUUUCGCACUCAGGGACUUCACUCUUGACAUAACCUCGGGCCAGAGGGUUGCUAUCUGUGGGCGCAGCGGCAGUGGUAAGAGCACUCUGAUUGCAGCAUUGACGAGAAUGGCCGAGCUGGUUUCGGGAUCAAUUCAGAUCGAUGGGGUCGAUGUCGGUUCAGUUCAUCCAUCAGAUGUCCGAUCUGCAAUCAACACGAUCCCCCAAGAGCCGUUCUUCUUCCACGCCACUGUAGCCAAGAAUCUCGAUCCAGCAGGGGUUCUGUCCGAUGACGUUUUACGCGCAGCGGUGGAGAAGGUUCAGAUGUGGCAAGUCAUUGAGGACGCUGGCGGGCUGCAUGCUGCAGGUACAUUAGACAACCUCAGCCAGGGCCAGAAGCAAUUGCUGGCUCUAUGUCGGGCAAUUUUGAAGCCAAGUAAGAUUGUACUCAUGGAUGAAGCGACAAGCAGUGUUGACCAGCAUACUGCAAGCAUGAUGAAACAAGUCAUCCAGGAUGAGUUCAAAAACGUCACCGUGAUUGCUGUUGCUCAUCAAUUGAGCACUAUUUUGGAUUAUGAUGUUGUGGUUGUUAUGGACUCUGGGAACAUUGCUGAGAUUGGAAAUCCUGCGAUUCUGCUGGAAACCAAGUCGUUGUUUAAAGACUUGUGGGACAGCCAGUGA